AUGCACGUCGAAGACUUUGUCUUCGUUACACACGAGGACGCGGGGCAGACGAGGACGUCCGACACCGGAUAUCUCACCGAGAUUGGUGACUUCAUCAACAGCAUCGCUGAUGAGCUAUGGCCUGUCAACAAGAAGAUUCAUGACAAUCCGGAGCUGGGAUACGAGGAGUUCAUCGCGCACGCCACGUUGACGCAGUUCAUGAGGACCCAGCCAGGAUGGAAAGUCACCCCUUCGGCCUAUGGUCUGGCGACUGCGUGGGUUGCUGUGUUUGACAGCGGAAGCGAGGGACCUGUGGUGUCUUUCAACGUGGAAAUGGAUGCGCUGGACGGGAUAGGACAUGCUUGUGGUCAUAACCUGAUUGCAACCGCAUCCCUCGCUGGUGGGCUUGCAACAGCUGAGUUGAUGAAGCGGCAUGACCUUGGGGGCAAGGUGGUAAUAUUCGGAACUCCCGCAGAAGAAGGUGGAGGAGGCAAGAUCAAGCUUUUGGAAGCAGGCGCAUACAGUGACCACAAUGUCGACAUCAACUUGAUAUCUCACCCUGGUAUUGUGAAGAAUAGCGCGCUGGUCCGGACGGCCGCCUACACCGCAUUCAAAGUCGAGUAUUUCGGACGCGAGGCUCACGCAGCAGCUAGUCCGUGGCUGGGUAUCAACGCACUGGACGCCUUGAUCACAGCCUACAACGCGCUGUCCGUUCUUCGACAGCAGACGAUGCCAGGAGACGUGAUUCAGGGGAACAUCUCAAAUGGCGGUGUUCGUCCCAAUGUCAUACACGCUUACACGGCUGGCAACUUUGUCGUCCGCGCCAAUACACAGGGGAGGCUGGAAGAACUGAAAAAGAAGGUUGACGCCUGCUUCGAGGCAGCAGCAACGGCGACUGAGGCGACCCUGAAGAUGACCCAGGUGCAGUCGUAUGCCGAUCAUGUGCCCAACCGGGUAAUGGGAGACGUCUAUCGGCGGUAUUUCAACGAGCUCUGCCCAUCCGAGACGAUUCCCGAGAAUCAAGAUGUCGACGAGAUCGAAGGCCGCACCAUGGCUAGCACAGACCAAGGAGACAUCAGCUAUUCCAUGCCGAGUCUAAGCCCCGGGUUUUCCAUCCCGCCUGGACCUGGAGGUAGUGGACCGCAUAACCCGGGCUUCGCGAAGGCAGCCGGGACGAAGGUCGCAUUCGCAAACUGCUUGAGAGUUGGAAAGGCGCUGGCGAGUGUAGCAGUUGACGUCUUGGGUGAUGAUAACCUCCUUGCAGAGAUCAAAGAGGAGUGGGAGAGAGAUAGGGGAGAGCUGACGCUCCGCCAUCGUAAACGGCACGAAUCUUGA